GCGACGGACGUGAUCUAGAGAGCGACUAGUCCGUGGGGAAACGGGCGAUCUCUCGCCAUCUCUCGCGCGGAGCGGAGCGCGGAGGUUGGCUGAAUUCUCUUGCGGAGCGGAGUGUAUUUUCGUUUGUCGGGUGGACACGGCUGACGCGGCGCACUACACGCUCCCUUGGUCGCAGCGCGCCGGAUUACCACCGAACGUCCGACGGGUGAUGAGAAGCUCGCGCCGCAAUUAAAAAGGCCGCGUCAAGCUCCACGUGAGUGACUCGCCCGCGUACGGUGUACGUUCGCCCCGCUGUACUUUAGGGGGGGAAAAAAAAUACGGUGCCUCGCCAGAAAUACGAGAUCAUGGCGGUGCCCAACAGCGGUGUAGUUAUGCCCCGAAACUUUCGACUCCUAGAGGAGUUGGAACAGGGCCAGAAAGGUGUGGGUGAUGGCACAAUCAGUUGGGGCCUGGAAAACGAUGAUGACAUGACCCUCACGCAUUGGACUGGUAUGAUAAUUGGACCACCUAGGACACCAUAUGAAAAUAGGAUGUAUAGUUUGAAAAUUGACUGUGGUCAAAGAUAUCCAGACGAUGCCCCUAAUGUAAGAUUUUUAAGCAGAAUCAAUAUGAAUUGCAUUAACAGUGCCACUGGAGCUGUGGAUAAUCGCAGUGUUCCGGUCCUUGCAAAAUGGCAACGAGAGUACACAAUUAAAACAGUUCUUCAAGAGCUCCGUCGUUUGAUGACGUUGAAGGAAAAUAUGAAACUUUCUCAGCCUCCGGAAGGCAGCACUUUUUAGCCUAACCGUAUGAACAGAGAUAUCUUCCUUUUUGCAAUAGCAUGAGGCGAGAUUUAAUAAAGGUACCAAAUAAUAUUAAAAGGGUGCCCGCUGAAAAUAUAUGUUAAAAAAGAAACAAAAAAAAAACACGAAAAAAACAGCUUUGUGAAAGAAAGGAGGUAAUAGCUUGGAAAGUUGAAUGAGUGUACCGAGUUCAUGUAUAGAUUAGAUAGAAAAAAAAUGACAAAAAUGCAUUUGUCAAGCACAGCUGGCUCGUUGUCGGAAUUUUUCACUAAAAGUAGUAUUUUCCUCGAACCCCGAUUUCAUUGCAUAUACUACAUCAUAUUCGCGCACGAGAUAGUUCAAUACGGAUGCGAAUUGAUUUAAGAAAACUUUGCUCCAGCUUUUCAAGCUAGUACAAUGUAAAGCGGAAAAAAUCCAUAUUUUGAAUCUUAAAAAACUGGAGACACAGUCUAUGUAAUAAAAAUGAAUAAUCAGUAAGAAUAACUUAUGCCUUUGAAGUUUUUUAAUGAGAGAAGAAGAGUAAUGUCUGGUAUUGCGAACCGUUUUAAGAUUUCUCUUCUGUUUGCGCGCAAGUGCCAUUUCAUCUUUUGCAGAGGUGUGUCUCUCUCUUAUUCAAUGCUGCGGAAUAGAAAAUUUGUGAAUUUUGGAUCGUCAUAAAUCUAUAUGUCUAUUUUACUUUUCCGUGCUGCAUAUACUGUUAUACUAGCGAUCUACAAUGAAAUAACGUACAUGUCUGAGAAAUUAAUUACAUGUCCUUAAAAACGGCCUCUCUCUCUUUCACGCUAAACGAAUUGCGUUUCGUAAUUGAUGAGGAGACGUCGCUUUGUAAACGAAGCAUGCAUAAAUGACAAUUUGAUUUGUAAUAUCUCGUCUAUAGCGAACAAUAUAUAUAAUGCUGCAUGGCAAAGUACAUCAAUGUAUGAAGCAUCGUGUGAAUGAUGAGAUCUUUUAGUCGAUAUCAUAUUUAGAUAUAUUGAAAGUAUACUACUUACCAAUGUGUAUUUGAUUGUUAAAAUACAACAGAAUUAUAAAGUAUGCAGAUAAA